AUGAACUCAACGCCGUUCAGACAGAUUGGAAAAGGCUUUUGCGGCAGCGUAUGGGCAUCGGAUCGCGAUGGACCGUCAAUUGCCAUCAAGCGUGAAGACGGAGGUCCCGAACGAUCCGUCGCAAACGACUCGGCCAUGCACAUGAAGAUUGAGUGCAGUCUACAGCAUGCCCAGAAGACUCUGGGCCUAGCGACACAGGUUCUCAUUCCUCACCAUUACGCACUGGUCACCGCGGACGACUCGGCAUGGUGGAGCAGCCGUGCUUCGAGAUUCCCAUUUGGAUACGAGCACUGCACCUCGCUUCUUACGGAACGUAUCCUUCCGCUACAGCAGGAAGCUCGCGAAAAUCUCAUCGACAUGUUCUGUCUGGAGAAAGCCAAAGAAGCCGUGAAGAAGAACAGACAAGAUGAAGAUUGUCUGGUUCGUCCAUAUCUUGGACGACGAACCCACAAUUCUGCACCAAGCAGGUUUUUUACUCUGCGGAAUAAGCCACUCUGUGUCGACCAGAUGGAAUCGAUUGGACUUGCGGUCGAAGAUUACGCUCGAGCCAUAGCUGAGACCCUCGCCGUCAUCUACUGGCAUUCAAAGACCGAUGCAAAUGACAUCGAAAUUGUCAUCGCACCUGGCCGCACGAACGACGGGUCAGGAGACUUCCACUCCGAGGUUCUCGGACGACAUGCACUAUGGGUACUGGACUUCGAUUGUGUGAAAUCGCUGACACAGGACGAGGCCGGUAUUGGACGAGCUGCUUCCACGUACAUGAGGAAUGAUCCGUUUUGGCCACGUCCUGGGAGCGACGUGCAAGCAGAUCAGAGUCUGUGGAAUAUUUUUCGUGCACGGUUCUUGGAGUCGAGUAGGCUUAUACUCGAUGAUGAUAGUCAGCUGCCUCAGAUGUUCAUCGAUCGCUUGGAGCUACUCGGGGAGCAGAGACGGGAGCGGGAAAGGGUGCUGGAGCUACAGGAGUGUUCGCAACAGAACUCCAGUUAG